AGUUUUAUUUUUCAGUGGAACUUUUUUCAAUGCUUCAGUGCCAAUACACCUUUUUCCAAUAAAAGUGUUUCAAUAUUUCCUGUUUCAGUUCAGGUUUUGUUUUCGAUGUGAAAAUUUAACCGUCGCUGUUCUGGUCCCAUAAGAUAGCAGAUUGUCCAGUAAAACUCAUGAUGAACAACUUGCUCAAAAGCUAAAAAUUCUCAUUGGUUUCUUUCUCAUACUGGAACAGAGAUUGUUUCUCCUUUCCAAACAGAAAAAAAACAUACAAUCCACUAAACUAUACACUAGAUUAUUGUCAUAAUCCUAUUUGCUCAUGCUGCUGUCACAUCAUUUCAAAAUUACUCUCAUAAAUGGCAAAUAAAUAGUUCAGAUACAAGAGAUAAACAACCUGGUGAUGAGAAGGAAACUUUAUAAGAGGGAAGGUUUCCAGGUUGCCCAGGUGUUUUGGCAUAGUCAUAUUUUAAGGCGUGUUCUUUUAAAGUCGAACACACACUAGUGAAUCUAUUGGCCCACUAUGUGUGGGUGCAUAUUUAGCGAGAGAAAUAGCUCCUGACUGUCACUAUCAUUAUUUAUCAGUGGAGUUGCGCAACUGACAGCUGUUUGUCAGAAGCGUUUAUUGCUGUGGAGCCGGAAGAAGAAGGCACAGUUCCCAUUUCAGGAAAACAGAAAGUGAGGGAAAGUCAGUGGAUCGCACUGCAGAGAGAGAGGAGGACAGACUGCUGUACACACAACACAUCCAUCAUCUCCAUUUACAACAACAGCUUCUCCAACACAGGCUAAACAGGUGAGUUAUGGACGGCAAUUACAGAGACGUGAACCUCAGGGAGGACGAACCGACCGAGGCAGCAGAGCAUCCUGCAGACGCCAGAGGAAAGCCAAGUCCUCCAGGGCCCGCUGGAAUAAGACAACGGCAGAAAGUUCAGCAACAACCAGUGGAGGAAUCCUAUGUGGCCGAGGAGUUGGCCUCCAUCUCCCCGAAGCUCGCCAACUGGAUCAAAGUCAACGCUAAAGACCUCAAGAUCCGGCAGACAGACCGCCGUUGGGCUGCAGAGGUGGUCAACGACUUCCGUGAGAAUUUGCUGAAGUUCCUGAAGAGCAAUGACGAGCAACCUUUCUUCCAGACAGCCGAAUUCCUCACGUCUGGCAGCUACUUCGAGAAGGUCAAGAUCCACAGCCCUGAUGAGUUCGACAUGAUGCUGAAGCUUCCGGUUCCUUCACGCCUCAAGAUGACAAAGCUCGAUGGCGGCCUUUUCUACCGGCUUGAUCUGGCGCGGCCCACUCGGAGCCCCAUACGAGCCUUCCUUUUGGAGAAUGACCUCACCAUCUCAUCAAGCAAGAUCCUGAGUGAGGUGUAUCGCCUCGUCCGCAAGUUCCUCAAGACCUAUAAAGUUCCUGAUAAAUGUUGUCGCUGGGAGGUGAACAGGAAGCGUCCCAACUCCCCGGCUGUGACUUUGUCUCUGUGCAGACCUGGAAACAACAGUGAUGAGCUGAUCUCUGUGGAUGUGGUUCCUGCUCUGGAGGUUCACCCCUCACAGGGUUGGCCGAUCGCUGUCCGUAGCGGCCCUGAUGUGGACAACUGGUUGGGGAAGAAGGUUCGCCAAGAAAUCAAAACUUUUCCUUGUUUCUUUGUACCAAAGAGGCUCAAAGGUCGAAACCUCAGCGAGGAAGCCAAAGAGAGUUGGAGGAUUUCUUUCUCUCUCAUUGAGAAGAAAAUCAUCACAUACCACGGCAACAAGAAAACCUGCUGUGAGAGUAACGCCACUAAAUGCUGCCGUAAGCAGUGCUUAAUGCUCCUCAAGUCUCUGAUCGAGGGCCUGAAACAACGUUUUCCCAAAGAGCUGGAUGACCUCUGCUCGUACCACGGGAAGACCGCCUUCCUCCACAACCUGUCCGUCAGGUGCGAGGACUCCAUGUGGACUAGCCGACAGCUUCCUUCCUGUUUCCUGCAGCUCCUCGGGGCUCUGGAGGGCCAUGCCACUAUUGGCGUCCUCCCUCAUUUCUUCGUCCCCAUAUGCAACCUCUUCUCCCCGGCCGUGUUCCCCCGCAAAGCGCUGGAAUUCCUCAUCAAUGCCCUGCAGGAGCAGAGGAGGGAGGGUCUGCCCCUGCUGAAGCCUCCAGCUCCUGUCCCACCACUGGCACAACUGACUCCUCCAACAGGUGUCUCCGCUGAGGAGCCCACCAAACAGAUGUCCCCACCGACUACAGUUCACUCUUUGGACGCCGGAUUUAUGAAUAAAAUUGUCUUGGUGAUUGUUGCAGCUUUGGUUUGUGCCCUGUUUCUUAGGCGAGUAAUGGAAAGUGAAGAGGCACUCUGAUUAUAUUAAAUAGGCCAUUACCUCUGAUACCUCUUUUAUGGUUUAUACCAGGUAAAAAAUGUGAUUAUCUCUGACCGAUUUCCCUCAUCUCAUCUGUGUGUGUGUGUGUGCUAUAACACAAUUUUAGGACUUUUCAUAAUAUUUUGGGCAGUCACAAAGGAUAUUUUAAAAAAAAAAAAGUAUUUAAAGUAAACUUGAAAUGAAAGAGAGCGAAACCACUAUUUAAAUAACAUUGAUGAUACAUUUAAUUUGUUUUAUAAAUGUGUCUAUAAGUGUCUUAGUAUUUUAUCUCACAUUGAGUCUUUCAUUCCUCAUUUCAGAUCAUGAUAUCAUUCCUGUUUGAUUUAAUGUUCAUUUAUUAACUUUUAUUGUUUUGCUAGUGUUUUAGGAUCAAGCUCCAAUUGUUAUCCUAGAGUUUUUGUAACAUUCAGCACACUGUGAUUGCUUGUGACUUAAACUCUGUACCUUGUCUUUUGUGAUGUAACAAAAAAUUUGUAUUAUUUUGUGUAUGUUCUGUAUUCAGGGCAGCCUUGGAAAAGAGAGCAUGCUCUCAAUGGCCCCUCCCUGUAGAAAUGAAGGUCAAUAAUAAUAACAAUAAUAAUAAAUAAUGAUAAGGAAUAAAGAGUAUUUGUGUGUGGUCUGUGACUGAGAGAUGAUAAUGAUGAUAAUUUACUGUUUUUAUGUGACCUUUUUAUUGUAUAUAUAUAUAUAUAUUAACAAAUAUUAACAAUAGUAAUACACCAGGUGUUGAUGAGAAAAUAAAAACUUAAUAAAUAAAACAAAUGGUCAGUGGUUUUAUAGUACUUUAUGGAUUUUACACAUACACAUGUUGCAUUUCAUUUUUAAACAUUUAAUUUCUGCUUUAAAAUGUACU